AUGGAUGUGUGCCCGGAGCGCACACCGCAGGGGCCAGGGCUGGUUCUGGUGCGCCGGCAGCCCCCCGCCCCCCGGGGCCUGUGGCAGAGGCUCAAGAGCCAGCUGCGGCGAGAGUGCCGCCUGCGGGGUGCCCAGGAACUGCUGCAGACGUUGGUGCCUGCCACGCACUGGCUGCCGCGCUACCGCCUGCGGGAAGACCUGGCUGGCGACGUGUUGUCCGGGCUGGUCAUCGGCAUCAUCCUGGUGCCCCAGGCCAUUGCCUACUCCCUGCUGGCCGGGCUGCAGCCCAUCUACAGCCUCUACACCUCCUUCUUCGCAAACCUCAUUUACUUCCUGCUGGGCACCUCGCGCCACGUGUCUGUGGGCAUCUUCAGCCUGCUGUGCCUCAUGGUGGGACAGGUGGUGGACCGCGAGCUCCUGCUGGCCGGCUUCGACCCUGCCGCCACCACAGCCGCCGAGGGCCCAGGGUGGAACCUCAGUGCCCACAACACCUCCACAGAGGCUCUGGAGCCCCAACCGUGUGGGCAGGACUGCUACGCCAUCCGUGUGGCCUGUGCCCUCACACUGGUGACCGGGAUCUACCAGGUCCUCAUGGGCAUCCUCCGCCUGGGCUUCCUGUCCACCUACCUCUCACAGCCGCUGCUGGACGGCUUUGCGGCAGGUGCCUCAGUGACCAUCCUGACCUCGCAGCUCCGGCACAUGCUGGGUGUGCGGCUGCCCCGCCACCAGGGCCUGGGUAUGGUGCCGCGCACAUGGCUCAGCCUCCUGCGCAGUGUCGGGCAGGCCAACCCCUGCGACGUGGUGACCAGCGCCCUGAGCCUGGCCCUGCUGUUGGCCACCAAGGAGCUGUCCGAGCGCUACCGGCACCGCCUGCCAGUGCCGCUGCCCGCAGAGCUGCUGGUCAUCGUGGUGGCCACGCUCGUGUCCCACUUCGGGCGGCUCCAUGAGCGCUUCGGCUCCAGCGUGGCUGGCCGCAUCCCCACUGGCUUCGCGGCCCCCCAGGCGCCGGACGCCGGGCUGAUGUGGCGGGUGGCGCUGGACGCGGUGCCCCUGGCCCUGGUGGGCGCUGCUUUCUCCGUCUCCCUGGCGGAGAUGUUCGCGCGCAGCCACGGCUACGCAGUGCGCGCCAACCAGGAGCUGCUGGCCGUGGGCUGCUGCAACGUGUUGCCCGCCUUCUUCCACUGCUUUGCCACCAGUGCCGCCCUGGCCAAGAGCCUGGUGAAGACGGCCACGGGUGGCCGCACGCAGCUGUCGGGCGUGGUCAGCGCCACAGUGGUGCUGCUGGUGCUGCUGGUGCUGGCGCCGCUCUUCCAGGCCCUGCCACGCAGCGUGCUCGCCUGCGUCAUCGCGGUCAGCCUGCGGGGUGCCCUGCGCAAGGUGCGGGAUGUGCCCCGGCUCUGGCGGCUCAGCAGGCCGGACGCCCUGGUGUGGGUGGCCACCGCGGCCACCUGCGUGCUGCUCAGCACCGAGGCCGGGCUGCUGGCCGGGGCGCUGCUCUCCGUGCUCGGCCUGGCCGCCCGCACGCGGCGCCCGCGGGCCGCCCUCCUAGCCCGGGCUGGGGACUCUGCCUGCUACGAGGACGCGGCCGAGUUUGAGGGCCUGGUGGCUGAGCCGGGUGUGCGGGUGUUCCGUUUCACAGGCCCGCUCUACCACGCCAACAAGGACUUCUUUCUGCGCUCACUCUAUGGCCUCACCGGGCUGGACCCAGGCCGCGUGGCUGCCAGGAGGACAGGGCCAGACACGCAGGAGGGCACGGACCUGGCUGCAGGGCCCAGUGCCACAGCCCUGCUGUCCCCUGUAGCCGACUUCCACGCCGUGGUCAUCGACUGUGCCCCCCUGCUGUUCCUGGAUGUGGCGGGCAUGGCCACACUGCGCGAACUGCGGCGAGACUACCAGGCCCUGGGCAUCGCCCUGCUCCUGGCCGGCUGUAGCCCCUCAGUCAGAGCUGCCCUGUGCAGAGGGGGCUUCCUCGGGGAAGACCUGGGGGCCAGUGCAGAGGAGGGACAGCUGUUCCCCAACGUCCACAGUGCCGUGCAGGCCGCCCACGCCCGCUUCAGGGAGCAGGUGUCCGCGGACCGCCCCUGCUAG